GCCCUCUGGGCUCCUUCGCUGGGAUGAGCGUGGUGCUUGUGCCUGGCACCGGAGCCGCUCUGCACCACCUGGGGCUUGGCGCCGCUGUGUGGCGAUAAGCACGGAGAGGCGCAGUGAGGACAUUCUCAAAGAUCUCUCCGCAAACCUUCUCUGGAAAGAAAACAUCUCCAAACAUGUCCGGGACUUCUCAACUUCCAUUCUGUUCUCUGACGUUGGGGAUUUGUCAAAUUUACGAGGACCACUUGAAAGCAGCAUCCCCGCUGGGCAUACCGCACUCGCACUCGCGCACGCGCGCGCGCGCUUAGUGCCACGUCAAACGUGACGUAGCAGGAGGUGUAGUCCGGACAGGAGGCGGCGUCAUAACCAGCACAAGUAACAUAACUCACAGCGUCUGUCCCUGAUGCCACGGAGUCUCCGGCGCGGGACGGCGGCUAACGACAGGUUACUAACGUGGCUCGACGACACACAGCAGCUCUGUCUCGUUACUUCACGCACAUCCUGAAAUCCUCUCGUGUGGCAGAGUUAAGCAAAAGCGCUGUUCGUCAUCAUGGACCCCAGUGUCAGCGCACUCACCCAGAGGUUGGCCGAGGCCGACCAGUCCCACCUCCUGCAGUUCUUGGGCGAGCUGAGCCCCGAGGAGCAGGCCGACUUGACCCGUGACCUCCAGGGAAUGGACUUCAAGGAGAUCGGCGGAUUCUUCAGGAACGCCAUGGAGGUGUCCAGCAGCAGCAAGGACGAGAAGAUGGACUCCCGCAUGGAGCCAGUGCCCCGGGAGGUGCUGGGAAGCGUGACGAGGGACAGGGAGAGUCUCAAGGACUGGGAGCAAGCAGGUCUUCACUACAUCUCUCAGAGUAAAGUGGCCGUCCUGCUGCUGGCUGGAGGCCAAGGAACCAGACUGGGGGUCUCUUACCCCAAAGGCAUGUACGACGUGGGGCUGCCGUCCCACAAAUCCCUCUUUCAGAUCCAGGCCGAGCGCAUUCUGAAGCUACAACAGCUGGCCGAGCAGAAGCACAAAAUCAAGUGCUGUAUUCCCUGGUACAUCAUGACCAGUGGGAGGACAAUGGAGUUAACAAAGGACUUCUUUUCACGGCAUAACUUCUUUGGCUUGGACAAGAGCAACAUCAUCUUCUUUCAGCAGGGCAUGCUUCCAGCCAUGGACUACAAUGGCAAGAUCAUCCUUGAGAGCAAAGGAAAGGUCUCCAUGGCCCCUGAUGGGAACGGGGGCCUUUACAGAGCUCUGGGGAACCAGGGAAUCGUCGAUGACAUGGAGCGGAGGGGGGUCAAGUUCAUCCAUGUGUACUGUGUAGAUAACAUCCUGGUCAAAGUGGCAGACCCUGCCUUUGUUGGUUUCUGUGUGCAGAAGGGAGCGGACUGUGGAGCUAAGGUGGUGGAGAAAACCAAUCCAACAGAGGCAGUUGGUGUGGUCUGCAAGGUGGAUGGGCGUUACCAGGUGGUGGAGUACAGUGAGAUCACCCUGGCAACUGCUGAGAAGCGCAGUGCUGACGGUCGACUGAUGUUCAACGCAGGAAACGUGGCCAAUCACUUCUUCAGCUUUUCCUUCCUCAGAGACAUAGUAGAGAAGUACGAGCCAAAGCUGCAGCACCACGUGGCCCAGAAGAAGAUCCCAUUUGUGGAUGUUCAGGGUCAUCUAAUCAAACCUGACAAACCAAAUGGGAUUAAAAUGGAGAAGUUUGUCUUUGACAUCUUCCAGUUCGCUAAGACAUUUGUUGUGUACGAAGUGUUGAGGGAGGACGAGUUCUCCCCGCUGAAGAAUGCGGACAGUCAGGAAGGAAAGGACACGCCCACCACAGCCAAACACGCCCUCAUGUCCCUCCACCACCGUUGGGUGCUCAACGCUGGCGGCCACUUCAUCGACGAGAAUGGCAGACGCGUGCCUGCCAUACCCAGAGACGGAGCAGCAGGCGGUGUCACAGAUGAUGGCAACAGAAACCUGAAGGACGGAACAGACCUGCCCAUCAAAUGUGAGAUCUCCCCUCUGGUGUCCUACGGAGGAGAGGGCCUUGAAAAGUUGGUGAAGGAACGAGACUUUCAUCCAACCCUUAUGAUCGACGAGCGUGGAGUCCACGAGCUGGUGAAGAACGGAGUUUAGACAAUGACAGAGUGACUGAGACAACCCAAAGACCACCUUCCCUUUGUCUCCUAACGUUUGUAGGAGAAACUGUAAUAUCAUCACUGUGCAACAACAAAUGUCACGUGCACGUCUUCUUGACUGUCCCGACCACAAAUGAAGGAAUGAAUGAGCAAGAUGAAGUGUAUCGUUUACUUAUUUGGCUUUGUAUGUCAAUCGUAGUUCAUAUUUGUUUCGAAGAACACUUGAACACAGGGUGAAGUGAAGGACAAAAUCCCUGUCACAGUGACUGGAUGAAGCAGUCUUCAGGGGCUUCUAUUUAUUUUGCUUGGGGAACUUAUUUUUAUAUGUAUCGAUAGACCCUUUAUAGGUGGAACUCACCAUCUAGUCAUCAAGUAAUUUUUAUACAAUGUUGGACUGACAUGAAAUUAACAGGAAGUGAUUUCUUAAUAGCAUGUAAUCGAGGUUCAUGGUACGGGCUGUGGGGGGUAUUUAUAAUAUUUGCUUCUUUUCUGUUUGUAAUCAUUAAAGAUUAGAUAUUAUACAGCUUUAAGACUAACAAUGAUUUAUAUUAUCUUUAUUAAAGAAAUUUUCUAUUUGAAAAA